GUGGAAUGGCGAACAGUAUAAAUUUGAACUUCGACGAUGCAGGAUUUCUCUGAAAAAUCAAUUUUCCCCCUAGGUCGUGGAACGGUAGUGUUGUCAGUGUUGUGCGGUUUUAUAGUGAAUGGUUCUGUGGAUCUGCUGGCAGCUGCCCUUCUUAUCACCACCAGCAGGAGCAGCUUUUCAAGUGCACAGCAAAAAGAAGAGGGGCGGCGGCGGACUCGGGUGACCGGUGGAAAGCCGAAAGUGAAGCUCAAGUGGCCGGGCUACGGUGCUACCGGAAGUGGGACCAUUUUUUCUUCGGAAAGUUCUAAGCGGGCAAGAAUAGAAUCUUGCUGUGCGCAUGGUUGACGGAUUGCGGUAGAUUUUUUUUUACUGUGAUGCUCCGCAUGGAAAAUGGAGGAAAUUGAUGUCCCGUAGACGACCGACAUGUUGGCGCUCGACCGGAAGUGGCUCGUCGGAAGAAAAGCAGGCCAGCUGCAGUGUCAGAAGGUUCCGCAGCAGGGGAGAUCGUUGAACGUUACCAUUCAGUAGAGUUGUAAUAGCUGUUUGAAAACUGCGCCCACAGCAUGACUUCACGCUUGGACCGGUUGUUUAUCCUGCUGGAGUCGGGAUCGGCAGCGGUCACCCGGAAGGCGGCGGCCAAGCAGAUCGGCGAGGUCCAGAAGCUGCACCCCCACGAGCUGCACAAUUUGCUCGGCCGGUUGCUGACGUACCUGCACAGCAACAACUGGGAGACACGAAUUGCGGCCUCCCAAGCCGUGCAGGCCAUUCUGGAGAAUGUGCCCACGUGGGAUCCGAAGGGGAUCGACGGUGGCGUCAAGGCGGAGAAAAAGGACGACGAUGAGGACGAUUUCAAUACUCAGAGUGGGGCGGCCGGGUCGAGUCUCACCUUCGACAAGUUCGACCUGAGUGCGGUGCUGCACCGCGGAGCACGUCUCAUGGGAUCCGAGGGGACGGAAUUCGAUGCCAUCGACGAUAACGACGGGGGAGACCCGCGGGAGAAGUGGAUCCGUCAACGGGCGCUGCUGAACGAGAAGUUGGGCCUCAGCACCGGAGUUAAUUUGGACGAUAUCGUGUCGAUUGACGAUAUGCAAAACAGGAGCGGCCAGGUGCAGGCCGCGUCACGCCAAGACGGCGAAAGACUGAUGCCGGUUCAGGAGAUUUUGAAACUGGACAACAGAGUGACUGAUGGAUCUAGUCAACCAUUGAGCUGCCGCGAGAAGAAUCGCGCCCGUAGAAAGGCCCGCGAGCAGCAGAAAGCAUUUCCAAAUCCCAUCAACGCGGUAACGGCGGGGAAUUCCGGCUCCACCGGAAGUAACAACGGUUCCGCCGAUGGCGAACCGGACAAGAAACGAGCGAAGCUCGACGCAAAGGGUGAAAUUGUGAGCUUCGCCGAACCGGUGCCGGAUUUAACGGGAUCGUGGGUAGACGCAACGGAUUGGCCGCUAGAAUCGUUCUGUUCGAAGCUGUACCUCGAUCUGUUCAGCCCGAGGUGGGAAACGAGACACGGUUCGGCCACAGCGCUGCGGGAACUGCUGCGGAAUCAUUGCGAUGGCGCCGGGAAGAGUAUUUACAUGACACAACAGCAGAUGGAAGAGCAGCACCAGCUUUGGCUGGAAGACGCCACGUUGCGAUUGCUGUGUGUGCUGGCACUGGAUCGAUUCGGAGAUUUUGUGUCCGACCAGGUGGUGGCUCCCGUGCGGGAAACGUGCGCCCAAGUUCUUGGAACCGUCCUGAAGCAGUUGCCCAGUGAAAAAGUCCACAAAACGGUCAACAUUUUGCUGACCUUCAUCAAGCAGAAAGACUGGGAAGUUCGUCACGGUGGACUGUUGGGAAUCAAGUACAUGCUGGUAGUUCGUGAAGAUCUCGUUCAGACGUUCCUGCCUUUGAUCAUCAACGAUGUGCUGACGGGUCUGUUCGACUCGGUUGACGAUGUCGGGGCAGUUGCAGCGUCUACGCUCAUACCAAUCGCUUCCUGGUUGCCGAAACUGCUGAAUAAAGGCCAAGUCUCCCACAUUGUCAAGCUGCUGUGGGAUCUGCUACUGGACCAAGAUGAGCUGGCAUCCGCUUGCAACAGUUUCAUGGGCCUACUAGCGGCGAUCUUAUCUCUUCCAAACGCAUCCAGCUGGAUUCAGAUGGAACCGAUGUCGAUUCUGGUCCCACGGCUGUGGCCAUUCCUUAGCCAUUGCACCUCGUCGGUUCGCCGGUCCACACUGGCAACGCUGAAAACGUUAACACAAAACAACAACGACUCAUCGGCAAACAACGGAAUCAACGGUAAAGCCACCUCCGUCAUCGUCAGCACUGCUGAAGCCCUGGCGAAAGCAGCCACCGAAACAAACGCCAUCCUCCAGGCAGAUCCAGCUGAAAAUUUGGUUUUAAACUUUGGCGUACAGGAGUGGCCUCCGGCACUGCUUCAGGAAGCACUGCGUCACAUUUUCCAACGCGUGUUGGUAGAACACGUCGAGGACAUUCAAUCGCUCGCGGAAGAAGUGUGGAACAACCUGGUAGGCAACGCAGAACUAUCCGCCCUUCUGCACGCUUCCUGCCCUUACGUGGCAUCGUGGCUCUGCCUUGCCAUGCAACCAGUUCGCCUAGCAUUCGAUCCAUCCUCGUUGAUUUACGCCAAACCAACGCAACCGUCCCAGUUGAAGGAACGUCGACGCCAGUUCGACUCGUUCGAAUCCACCAGCGCUACUCCCUCCCGUCAGAAGCUGUUCCUCGGCGGAUCGGAAACCAUCCCGGUUGACAUCCGCGAAAAGAACGUCAUUCGCGCCAGGAUUAAGACUUCCAAAAUGAUCGGCCUGCUGUCCCGCUAUCUGGUCCUGCCGGCUCCCGGUGUGGUGUACACGCCGGAGGUAGAAAGUCCCAUCGAUUGCUAUACCAAAGUGUUGUUAGGUUACCUGCAGUCCCGUUCGGCGCUGCAACGACUGAUCGCAAGUCUAGUGAUUGCGUUCUGGUGCUCGUACGAUCCGAGCGCGUACCCGGGGCCACCGUCGCUGCAAGAUCGGCUGAAGGUCUGCUUGAAUGAUUACGUGUAUUACGACGAAGUUGCCAUACUUUUUACCAGACUGCUGCAGGAAAGCCGGGACUAUCUGGCAACGCUGAAGCAGCACAAGAUUCAGUUUGCCGAGUUGGAAAAUCUGAAGGUUCUCAGCUUGGAUCAAAUCUUCCAGCUGUGCACGGUCUUGUCGGAGAACCUCAAGAACCGGUACGGACUGAAGACGAAAAUUGCGGAAAUGUUGGACGAGCGGCGCCGAGGACUGUUCAACUCCCACGCGAGCACUUCGCUGGAGCAGAACACGCUGCAUAUUAGCACGCAAGCAUCGCUGGCAGGGGCAGUGGUCAGUCUGCACUGCCUGCCGGAGAAAUUGAACCCCGUGGUGAAACCGUUGAUGGAGUCUAUAAAAAGGGAAGAGUGCGAACUGCUGCAAAAGUUGGCAGCUAAAUAUUUGGCCGAACUGUUGGAGCAGGUUACGGUGCGCAAUCCUUGCCCGAACAAUAAAAUCGUCUCCAAUCUGUGCAUGUUGUUGAAAAGCGACACUGACUUUACGCCAAAGUUGGUCAUUCCCGAGCGGGAAAUGCGCCACUAUGAUCCGGCAAACACGGGCGAUACCAACCCGUACCACGGAAUUAUAACCCUGAUGAAUCAGCAGAAAACCAAGGAGAACGGAGCGUCGGGAUCCCGAGGACCGGGAAGGCCAGCGUCGGUCACAACGGACGUGCUGACUGUCGAGGAAACGCUGAACGAGAACGAAGAAACUAGUCGCAAGAAUGCUCGAACUCAGCGGCUUGGUGCGACCCACGCCAUCACCACGAUCUGUUCGUACUUCAAGGAGUCGCUGCCGCAGAAGCUUCCAAUUGUUUGGCAGUUGAUGACGGAGAAGAUUCUUACGAUAGUGGUCGACAGCUACAUCGAUCGGUUGAGUCGGGAGUUGAUCUCUGCGGAGGAUACCAAUGAGUUCAUGACUUCGCUGCAGUUGAUCGAAGUUUCAGCACGGCACGUUCAUCGCUCGUUGCAUGGGAAAUUGUUUGAACUGUUGCCGAAGCUAUGUCUGCUGUUGAGACAUCCGCUGAAGUCGAUUCGCCACAUGGUCGGACGCUGUUUGGCGACGCUGGCGAUGGUUGACACGCAGGUGGUCAUGACCAUGGUCAUAAACGACAUCGUUCCGAUGCUGAACUCCAUCGAGAAUGUUAUCAAACGGCAGGGAGCUGCUGAGGCGAUAGCUUGCAUCGUCAGCCAGCUGCAACUGCAGAUCGUCCCUUACGUGGUGUUGUUGGUGGUUCCGCUGCUGGGCAGGAUGAGCGACCCGGAUCAAUCGGUACGGCUGGUAUCGACGCACUGCUUUGCAACCCUGAUUCAACUGAUGCCAUUGGAUGGCAUUUCGCCGGACGCUCGCGGACUGUCGGACGAGCUCAAGGAUCGUAAGCUGAAGGACAAAGAAUUCCUCGAGUAUUUGUUCACGCCGAAAACAAUCCCAGAUUUUAAGAUUCCAGUCAAAAUUAACGCCGAGCUGCGCAGCUACCAGCAAUCGGGCGUCAACUGGCUGUGGUUCCUCAACAAGUACAAACUGCAUGGCAUUCUCUGUGACGACAUGGGCCUGGGAAAGACUUUGCAGGCGAUUUGCAUUUUAGCCGGCGAUCACUACCAGCGCAGUUUGGAUCCGAAGAUCUCCAAAUUGCCAAGUUUGGUCAUUUGCCCGCCGACCCUCACCGGGCACUGGGUGUACGAGGUGGAAAAGUUCAUGCCAACCCGAUUCUUGCGUCCGCUGCAUUACGUUGGACUGCCGGUAGACCGUGAGCGGCUGCGCCAUAAGCUAGGCACGUACAAUUUAAUUGUUGCUUCGUACGAAAUAGUUCGCAAAGACAUCGAGUUCUUCAGUUCCGUCCAAUGGAACUACUGCGUCCUGGAUGAAGGCCAUAUUAUCAAGAACGGCAGAACGAAAAGCUCCAAAGCCAUCAAGCAGUUGGUAGCGAACCACCGGUUGAUCCUGUCGGGAACUCCAAUCCAAAACAACGUGCUGGAGUUGUGGUCCCUGUUUGACUUUUUGAUGCCCGGCUUUCUGGGCACCGAGAAACAGUUCAGCACCCGCUUUUCCCGCCCAAUACUGGCAAGUCGUGAUCCAAAGAGCUCGCCGAAGGAGCAGGAAGCGGGCGCACUGGCCAUGGAAGCGCUCCACCGGCAAGUUCUGCCGUUUUUGCUGCGCCGCGUAAAAGAGGACGUCCUGACGGAUCUACCACCGAAGAUCACGCAAGAUCUGCUGUGCGAGCUCAGCCCGCUGCAGGAGCGGCUCUACGAAGACUUUAGCCGGACGCAUCUCAACUCGGACAUUCGCGAGUGCCUCGAGAACAUCGACGGUCAGAUGGUCAGCAAGAAGACGCACGUUUUUCAAGCACUUCGAUACCUACAAAAUGUUUGCAACCAUCCUAAGCUUGUUCUACAACCGUCCCAUCCCGAGUACCAAAGCAUUGUGUCCGAGUUUAGCCGGAACAGCAGCUCGCUGGACGACAUCGAGCAUUCGGCUAAGCUGCCGGCGCUCAAACAACUGCUGCUGGACUGCGGCAUCGGCACCAACGAGGACAUGUCGGUGAAUCAGCACCGGGCGUUGAUUUUCUGCCAGCUGAAAGCCAUGCUGGACAUCAUCGAGAAUGACUUGCUGAAGAAGCACCUGCCGGCGGUUUCCUACCUGCGGCUGGACGGCGGGGUGCCGCCCAGUUCGCGUCACCAAAUUGUGACCAAAUUCAACGGCGAUCCCAGCAUUGACGUGCUGCUGCUGACGACCCAGGUUGGUGGUCUCGGGUUGAAUCUGACCGGCGCCGAUACGGUAAUUUUCGUCGAGCACGACUGGAACCCGAUGAAGGAUCUGCAGGCGAUGGAUCGCGCCCACCGAAUCGGUCAGAAGAAGGUGGUCAACGUGUACCGUCUCAUAACGCGCAAGUCGCUGGAGGAGAAGAUUAUGGGGCUGCAAAAGUUCAAGCUGCUGACGGCCAACACGAUCGUCAGCGACGAGAACGCAUCGAUGGAAACGAUGGGCACCGACCAGCUGCUGGACCUGUUUGCGCUGAGCGACGAUAGCCGUAAGUUGAGUAAAAAUGAUACGAGUUCUACCAGCGGUGGUGGCUCUGGUGGGGAGUCUAAUGGCAGCAACGGAGCGCCUUCCACUGUCAGAAAUAUGCUAGAGAGCCUCCCGGAACUGUGGGACGACAAGCAGUACCACGAGGAGUACGACUUGUCCCAGUUCCUGGAGGGACUGAAGAAAACCUAGUCCGUGUGCGUGUGUUUGCAGAUAUAAUUGGAGCGUUGAAGCUCUACCAUUUGUUUUAAAAUUCGUAAUUUAAGCAACAGCUAAAUUUUCGGUCACUGUUUUCUACCAUUUAAUUUCCUUUAUAUUUUCUUUGAUUAAACUUCUCACCACACACCCAACGUGAAUAUCUUCCAUCUGCUUAUAGAAACUACUGUCUUCUCCAUGAAAUAGUAAUUGUUGCAUUGAAAACAUCAGCUUUUUCUAUGACUCUAUAUAAAUUAUUGUGAAUUAUCGUAUGAAUAAGAAGAAUAAAUUUUUGAAGGUAGUUCAGAAA